UCGACUCCGCACAAGAGCAGAAAACAAAACAUUGCUGCAAACUGUUUUUGAUGUAAAUUAAAAAAAAAAGAAAUGGAUUUGCAAAAGUGUAAAUUGUGCGCCUCUGAAAAUGCUAUUGUUUAUCUUGACAUAUUUGGUGAAAUGAAUUCACAUAAUAAUAUUCCAGCAAUAAUUUCAAAACACCUGUGGUUUGAUUUUAAGCCAUCGAGUGAAUUGCAACUGAUCUGUAACCAAUGCUGGAACUCGCUGUAUGAAUUCAAUAUGUUUUAUAAUACCAUAUCAGAAAUACAUCGCAAUGAAAAAGUUUGUUUCUCUAAGGAGGAUGUCUUGGACGACUCAAUUGGGACAGAUCGUUUAGCAAAGAAUGAUAACGGCAUUGAUUGUAACGCAAAGUCAGAGUUUUUGGAAGUAAUAAAGACAGAGCCCUGUGAUGAUUUGGAUCGAAAUGUCACGCUCGAUAUAGAUGUGUUGGGUGAAAAUGGCUUAAAUGCUACGAAAGAAGAACCAUUGACUAAAGAAGACAAACAGGACUCAUCAUCACGGAGGCCGAGAAGAAAUAACAUCAAGAUGAUCUACAAUGACAAAUUGACUUCUAAUAAGGAAAUUGCUGGACAUGUUAAUGAACAAAAAACUGCUUUUAUUGAGGUGAAAACUACGUCACAAAAUGCCCUUAGACGGAAACGUUCCGAAUGGAGUGAUGAAAUAACAGAUAAGAAGUUGAUGGAUGGUACCGAUGUCAAAUCGGCGAAAGCCAAACGUAAAAAGGAUACCAAACUGUUCGAGCAUAUCGAUGAGUUCAUAUGUUACAUUUGUCCAAAUAGAGUCGAGUUCGAUCGAUUCUAUCAUGCUACAGUACAUUACAAAGAAUUUCACAAAGAACCAGCUUACGUAAAAUGUAAACUGUGCGGCAAACGAUGUUACACUCCAGGAAGUUUGAUCAGUCACGUUGCGGUGCAUACUGAUCCGGACAAAUAUAGGUGUCAGAUUUGUGGCAAAAAAAAUGACCAUCAAGGGGCUCUUGUGAAGCACAUUCAAAUUCAUCGUAAAGAGAUGGACCAAAAACGUGACGAACACGAGAAACACGAUAGCGCUGAACCAACGGAGAUGCUAACAGUAAUGAUGGGUGGCGACGAAGAAAUAUUGGAAUUUUACAAACGGAUAAGUUGUGAAAUCUGUGACCAACAGAGAAUGGUAGAUGAUAAUAUAGCGAAUGUAGAAUACGCAAAGAUGAAGGAUUUGAAGAAACACAUGCGAGAAAUACACAACGAUAAAGGGUAUUUGAAAUGUCAUCUUUGUGAUAAAAAGUGCAACAUCCGUUCGGAACUUUUAAUCCAUAAAGACUUUCAUCUCAAUCCUGAAAAGUAUAGGUGUAGUAUUUGCGGAAACGUUUACCAGGAUUUACAGAAACAUAAACAACGUGCUCAUGCGUCUCCUGGAGAGGCUUCAUUUUGUUGUGAACAUUGUGGUAAAGCUUUAACAAGCGAGAAAAGUCUGAAGUCUCACGUUGAACGCAAACAUGCUGUUAAGGAUACAAUUUGCGACAUUUGCAACAAACCGUUUAGCAAAAGCAUGUUUGAAAUCCAUAAACAGAUUGUACAUGAAAAUGCAUCGCACAUGUGUGCUCAUUGUCCUCGCAUGUUCAGGAGCAAAUUUGCUUUGAACCGUCAUCUGGAGAACCAUGAGGAUAAAGUUAAAGAGAGAGUUAAAUGUAAGAUUUGUGGUCUAACAUUCAAGCACAAGUAUGGUCUUACCAAACAUAUUGGUUCUGUGCAUACAAAAGAAGCUCCAGUAUCUUGUGAUGUCUGUGGUAAAAAGUUUAAAUCUAAACAUCAUUUAUGGAGUCAUAAGACUGAUACUUGCAAUACUCGCAGAUAUGAUUGUAAUAUUUGUGGACGGGUGUUUAAGGUUAAAAUUCGGUUGACUGAACACAUGACCACUCACACCGGAAUAAGUCUGUAUCAGUGCACGUUCUGUCCGAUGACUUUCAAUUUUCAAUCUAUACUGUAUACUCACAGAAAGAAAGCACAUUACGAACAAUGGUUAGAAUUACAAGCUCAACGCGAGGAGGGCGUCAAGUUGAAGGUCUUGGUAGCUUCUACUUAAUGUUGUAUAAAUAUAGAUAUAACGAUUUAUUAUGUGAUCUUUCUAUUCCAAAUAUAUAUGAACGCUAGAUCAUUAGCUGAGACAUACAAA